AUGGGACAAGUUUUCAGUUUCACCAAUAUAUUUGGUAAAUUAUGGGGAAUAAAUAAGGAAAUCCGAAUUUUGAUCCUAGGCUUGGAUGGUGCCGGAAAAACGACGAUUUUGUAUCGUUUACAGAUGGGGGAAGUAGUUACGACUAAGCCUACAAUCGGAUUCAACGUAGAAACAUUGAAAUAUAAGAAUUUAACAUUGAACAUAUGGGACUUGGGUGGCCAGACAUCCAUAAGACCUUAUUGGAGAUGCUACUAUAGUAAUACGGCAGCGGUGAUAUUCGUGGUUGAUUCAACCGAUAAGGAGCGUAUUGAUAUUGCAUGCAAGGAGUUACAUACGAUGUUGAAGGAAGAAGAAUUACUCGAUAGUGCAUUAUUGGUCUUUGCUAACAAGCAGGAUCAACCGGGGGCCAUGACGGCGGCAGAGGUGUCCCAGGCGCUCAAUUUGACCGAUUUGAAGGAUAGAAGUUGGAGUAUUGUCGCUUCUAGUGCUAUUAAGGGCGAGGGUUUAACUGAAGGGUUAGACUGGUUGAUGGACGUUAUUAAGGAUGAGCAAUUAUAA